AUGACUUCUGCAUCACUUGAAAACGGGGUUUCUCGUUUAAACAUUUACAGAACCACAUCAAACACUUCAUCCCAAGUUAGUUUGAAACACGACUACAUUGACUCCCCUUUCAGUGGUAAAAAGGAUCAGUUUGAUCAAGUUUUGGAUGUUUUGGAUUCCACAGGUUUUAUCCCUGAAUCUCUUAUUGAAUCGGAAGCAAAAUGGUUCUAUGAAUCGUUAGGUAUCGAUGAUGUGUUCUUUGCCAGAUCACUGCCUGAAGAUAUUGCUUCUCACAUCCAUGCCUUAUAUUCCUGUAAAGUGCAAGCUUAUUCUAGUUUUGGUGAGCAACCAUUGAUUUCCUACAAGAGGGAAGCUGAAGACCAUGCAGUCUUUUUCGACACUGUUGAUGCUGAAUCUUAUAAAAGAAACCAAUUUGAAGAGAGAAUUGACGAUAAAUAUAUUGAUCCUUCAAGCACCACCACCAACAGUUACCGUACUGAAUAUUUCAGUGCCCCAUUGAAUUACCAAUCUGAUCCUAUUUUACUGGGGGUUUACCAACAAAACAAGGAGUUGCGCGACCAAUAUGUUCGUUUAUUUUUCGUUUAUAAAAACAAUUACACCAUACUGGAAGUUGCUCCAAAUGAAACCGAUUUAGAAAAAAUUGGUGACAAGACUUUUUUGAAGAUUGCCUCGGCUAACACCAAGCAAUUGUAUACUUCCAUUGUCAAAGAUGUCAUAAAUACUACUGGUCCUGUCAUCAAACAUUUCCCACUUGAGGACUCCGAAGAAUAUAGAGUGGUAAUUGGUUACAAGCAAAAAACUUCUGCAAGGUACAAUUCAGCUUUGAGUGAUUUGGCUAAUUACUACAAAUUGCAAGUCACCAGAAAGUAUGUUGAACAGUUUUCCAACGGUGUCACCAUAAUAUCCAUGUAUGUUACUUCAAAACUGAGAAAAUCACCAGUUGAUUUAUCAAUCUACCAAGUCAUCAAAGAAGCUUCAUUGUUGUAUUGUAUUCCACACAAUUACUUCCACCAUAGAUUCAUUCAAGGCGAAUUAUCAUUGCAAGAAUCAAUCUAUGCUCAAUCGGGUGUUAUUUUUGUCACCCAUUUCUUGAAUCGUUUGGGCCCUGAAUAUAACAAGCUUUCUUCAUUGUUAGAUCCUUCCAAGUCAAUUGAACAUGCUGAAGUAUUAAACAGUUUAAAGAAAAGAUUGAGAGCUGAAACUUACACACAAGACUACAUCAAGGAAGUUUUUGACAGCAGAAGAGAAAUUGUUCGUAAAUUAUAUCGUCAAUUUGCUGAUGUUCAUUACAUUAGAUCUUCUAUGGAAAAGACGUUAUCCUACCAAAGAUUAUCCCAAAUCACUCCUGUUGGAUCUGAAGAAGAAUUUGAACAAUUGUUGAGCAGGGAAUGUUCUCAAAAUGAGCAUCAUGCCAUUGUGUUGAGAGCUUUGUACACUUUUAACAAAUCCAUCUUGAAAACUAAUUUCUACACAUCAACCAAAGUUGCUUUGUCAUUCAGAUUAAAUCCAUCAUUUUUACCAGAAUCUGAAUAUCCUGAACGUCCAUAUGGUAUGUUUUUCGUUGUUGGUUCUGAUUUUAGAGGGUUCCACAUUAGAUUUAGAGAUAUCGCCCGUGGUGGUAUUAGAAUUGUUAGAUCGCGGUCUUUGGAUGCUUAUAAUGUCAAUGCUCGUAAUUUAUUUGACGAAAACUACAACUUGGCUAACACACAACAACGUAAGAACAAAGACAUUCCAGAAGGUGGGUCCAAAGGUGUUAUUUUGUUGGAUCCAGGUGCAGCUCAAGACCGUCCACAAGCUUGCUUCGAAAAGUAUAUUGAUGCAUUGAUCGAUUUGCUUUUGAAACAAAACAUUCCAGGUGUCAAAGAUAAUUAUGUUGAUUUGUAUGCCAAGCCAGAAAUCUUGUUCUUGGGUCCAGAUGAAGGUACUGCUGGUUAUGUUGAUUGGGCUACGUUACAUGCGAGAGAAAGAGGUGCACCAUGGUGGAAAUCUUUUUUGACUGGUAAAUCUCCAGAAUUGGGCGGUAUACCUCAUGACGAGUAUGGUAUGACAACGUUGUCUGUUCGUGCCUAUGUCAACAAAAUCUAUGAAAAAUUGGAUAUUGAUGAUGCUAAGAUUCGUAAGUUCCAAACUGGUGGUCCUGACGGUGAUUUGGGAUCUAACGAAAUAUUGUUAUCAAGAAAGGAAAACUACGUUGGUAUAGUUGAUGGAUCCGGUGUCAUUUGUGACCCUCAAGGUUUGGAUAAACAAGAAUUGAUUAGAUUGGCUAAAGAAAGAAAGAUGAUUGAACAUUAUGAUAAAACCAAAUUAUCUCCACAAGGUUAUGUUGUUUUGGUUGAUGAUAUGGAUGUUAAGUUACCAAGUGGAGAAGUUGUCACCAGUGGUGUUGCCUUUAGAAAUACUUUCCACUUGAAAUUAAAACAACAAUAUGGUGUCGGCGGUGUUGAUCUUUUCGUUCCAUGUGGUGGUAGACCAGCAGCAAUUGAUACUAACAAUGUUCAUGACUUGAUUGAUGAAAAGACUGGUAAAUCAGUUGUUCCUUACUUUGUCGAAGGUGCUAACUUGUUUAUAACUCAGUCGGCAAAAUUAAUUUUAGAAAAAGCAGGAAUUAUUAUUCUCAAGGAUGCUUCUACUAACAAGGGUGGUGUUACUUCUUCGUCUUUAGAAGUGUUGGCUUCUUUAUCUUUUGACGAUAAAGGAUUUUUGGAAAACAUGUGUGUUGAUCCCGAGACCAAAGCCAAACCACAAUUCUACCAAGAAUAUGUUAAGGACGUUCAAAAAAUAAUUGUUGGUAAUGCUGAUGCCGAAUUUGAAGCCUUGUGGAAAUUGAAGGGUGAAACGGGUACUCCAUUCACUAUAUUAUCUGAUAAAUUGAGUGUUGCCAUUAACAAAUUGGGAGACGAGUUGGCCAACUCGAAGGAAUUGUGGAAUGACGAUAUUGAAUUUAGAAAUGCUGUAUUGUUGGAUUCAUUGCCACCUUUGUUAUUAGAAAAGGUUGGUAUUGAAAAUGUGUUAUCUAGAGUUCCGGAAGCUUAUUUGAAAGCCAUCUUUGCUACUCAUUUAGCUUCAAAGUUUGUUUACUCUAGAGGAAUUGAUUCUAAUCCUGCUAAAUUCUUGGAGUUUAUCAGUUCCAUUAGAAAGGGUUUUAUCCAAAAGGGAUUGCUCAAAUACUAG